AUGAAUGAGAACUUCCUGAGUAGGAAAGAAAUAUCAAGAAGUACCAAGAUGAAUGUAUACAAAGCGAUUUAUAGACCAAUACUUACAUUCGCGUGCGAAUCGUGGGUACUUGAUAGAAGACAGAAAAGCAGGAUGCAGGCAAUUGAAAUGAAAUAUCUAAGAAAAGUGAAGGAAAUAACAAGGAUGCACAGGGUGAGAAACGAUCUUAUCAGGGAAGACAUCGGAAUAGAACCUCUGCAGGAUUUCAUAGAGAAGAGACAAUUGAGUUGGUGGGGACAUCUGAAUAGAAUGAAUCACGAAAGACCUGCUAGAAAAGUAUGGGAAGCAAAGGUUACGGGAAGAAGAAGGCGCGGAAGACCGGUUACUACCUGGGACAAGCAAAUGGGGAAGAUAAUUGGAGAAAGGGGACAAACUUGGGAAAGAGCAAGGAAGAUGACAGCCAACAAGAAGGAAUGGUCGAAGUUCGUUUACGAGGGAAGAAUUUAA